AUGUAUCCAGAAUCGACCACUGGCUCCCCGGCUCGGCUCUCCCUGCGGCAGACGGGCUCCCCCGGCAUGAUCUACAGUACUCGGUAUGGGAGUCCCAAAAGACAGCUCCAGUUUUACAGCGGCGGCUCCCAGGCCAGACGGUACCAUGUUGUCCAUGACGUACAGCGAGAGCUUGAGGAGCGUGAGCAGCCGGUGUCACUCUGACUGGGCCCUGCACCCAGUCCGUCAGCCCGACACGCUGGAGCUGCAGCGGCUGUGGGAGGUACGGGCGGCCGCCCAGGCCAGGAACAUGAGCGUUUCCUCUGCAUGCACGGCCCUCUCCCUGGACGGCUGCACCUCCCGGCGCACCGGCAUGAAGAAGUACCGGAACCUGGGCAAGUCGGGCCUGCGGGUGUCCUGCCUGGGGCUUGGAACAUGGGUGACCUUCGGGGGCCAGAUCACCGACGAGAUGGCGGAGCAGCUAAUGACUUUGGCCUACGACAAUGGCAUCAACCUCUUUGACACCGCGGAAGUCUACGCGGCGGGCAAGGCGGAAGUUGUUUUAGGGAACAUCAUUAAGAAGAAGGGAUGGAGACGAUCCAGCCUGGUCAUCACCACGAAGAUCUUCUGGGGAGGAAAAGCGGAGACUGAGCGAGGUCUUUCCAGGAAGCACAUCAUAGAAGGUCUGAAGGCCUCCCUGGAGCGGCUGCAGCUGGAAUACGUGGACGUGGUGUUUGCCAACCGCCCAGACCCCAAUACGCCCAUGGAAGGGGACCCAUUUAGUUCCUCCAAGUCCAGGACAUUCAUCAUAGAAGAGACCGUUCGCGCCAUGACGCACGUCAUCAACCAGGGGAUGGCCAUGUACUGGGGCACGUCACGCUGGAGCUCCAUGGAGAUCAUGGAGGCCUACUCCGUGGCCCGGCAGUUCAACCUGAUCCCGCCCAUCUGCGAGCAAGCGGAGUACCACAUGUUCCAGCGCGAGAAGGUGGAGGUGCAGCUGCCUGAGCUCUUCCACAAGAUAGGAGUGGGCGCCAUGACCUGGUCCCCUCUGGCCUGUGGCAUCGUUUCUGGAAAGUACGACGGUGGCGUCCCACCCUACUCCAGAGCCUCCUUGAAGGGCUACCAGUGGCUGAAGGACAAGAUCCUGAGUGAGGAGGGCCGGCGCCAGCAGGCCAAGCUGAAGGAGCUGCAGGCCACCGCAGAGCGCCUGGGCUGCACCCUCCCGCAGCUGGCCAUAGCCUGGUGCCUGAGGAACGAGGGUGUCAGCUCCGUGCUCCUGGGCGCUUCUAGCACAGACCAGCUAAUGGAGAACAUUGGAGCAAUACAGGUCCUUCCCAAGCUGUCAUCCUCCAUUAUCCAUGAGAUCGACAGUAUUUUGGGCAAUAAACCCUACAGCAAGAAGGACUACCGGUCCUAAGAAGCCCCGCCGCUGGCCCGGACACUUUCCUUCCCCUCCUAGUCUCUCUGUUCGCUGCUCGCUUAAGCUGUUUUGAAGCCAAGAGUGUGGUUUGCAUCAAAAAGAAAACGAGGCACCAAGAUAAUGUCAUUGGGAAAACAUCUCAAAAGUCACUGCAACACACCAUCCGCUGCUUCCAGGGACCCAUGUGGCUUCCAGGGACCCGUAUCGUGGCGGGGACACUGAUUAUUAGAAGGACGGUAAAGUGGUCCCACCCAAGCCUGCAGCCUCUGCUCAUCCUCCAAGAAGAAACCACCACGUUUUCUCCCAGCUGCAACUCUUCUCGGGGACUCCUCAAGUCCAGGCCAGGCCGGACCAGUUGGGGCCUGGGAGCAGGCAGGGCUGGCCGCUCCUCUGCCGAGAGCCCCCGCCUGGUGUUGGUCUUUCUGUGGCCGCCUCUGAGGGGCCAGGACAUUGGGGCUGGGCCUCCCCACGGGGGUCUCCCUCUGGCCAGGGGCUCCAGGUACUUCCCAAUGGGCCCGACCUCAGAUGCUUCCCCCACCCCUUUUCCACAGCCACCUGCCCCAGGGGGUUUCUGAGGGGACUCCCAUGCUGUACCUUGACCCCUACCUCCUCCCUUGCUGGCAGGGGCAAGGAUCCAGGGGGACUGGCUCUGCAAUUUGGGACCCACAGAAAGUUUGGGGAUCGGAUUCCAAGCUCAUCGCCCCACCGUCAUGCUCCCUGCACAGUGAGCCCCAUACCAGGGCAGCCCAGAGCACUUGGCAGGGGGCCUGGUGGAGCGGGCUCCAGCCCAGGUCCCUCCAGGGCCCCACCUGCCCUCCCUGCCGGGACCCCAGUCUGCUGCCCCAUGCAUGACCCAGAAGGCUCUGAGGUCGUGCAUGCUUAGCUGGACUGUGGCCUCUGAGCACUCUCGGGAGAGGUUGGUGUCUGUUCUGCCUGGGGUGGUGGCAUUGGGUCCACAGAGAGAACAUGCUUAGAUCUUUCCAGUGAGCGAGGGUCCCUGGGGUUGUCUGCACUGUGUGCCCAGGGCUGGGAGGCCUCACACCCAACAGCAGCCCCCACAAUGUGGGAACACAUCCCAGGAGCCUCUCCUUAGAGAGGUGCCCCUGCAAGGCCUCAAAUCAGGCAAGGCUGGGGUGUUCCGUCUUGGGGUGCUAAGUGUCAAUGAGCCCAGAGCUUGUGACCUGGACGGAUGGGCAGCAGUGCUGCCCCUGGGACCCCCCCCACACCCUGUGAAAAGGGGAUGGCUGGAGUUGGUCAUUCCCUUUCACAGCCUGGAACAGAUUGGAGACAGGGAGGAAGGGCAGGACAGAACUGUCAGCCGCUUUGCAGCCCCAGCCUGGCGGGGGGAGGUCUGCAGCCAGGAGCCCCAGCCCCUGAGGUCCUGAGAGGUACCCCAGCCUCUGCUUCCUAUGUGGGGUGGCAGGAGCCAGACUCCACAGCUGUGCCAGCCCACUCGGGGGGGGCCCCCCGCGCCGGCCAGCCCCACCUGGGUGACCCACACCCUCACACUCACCCUGGAAGGUGGGCACAGUGGGUCCUGCUUUCAUAGAAGCUGCUGUUACCAGAAGCCUUCCCGGUCAUUCUCGAAGGCUCCCAUCAGUCCUGGCUGGGCUGAGACCUGGGACAGCAGCUUUGAGAAAGCCACAAAGGCAAGGCGAGGACAGCCUUCUUCACUCCUGACCUUUGUGCUGGCCUGGAGUCUAGAACCUUCCCCCUCCUCAUAGACCAGGCCCUUGGGGGUCUUCUCCACCCAGUCUCCUGCAGGCUUCACCCUGUGGGUGUGGGGAGGGGACAACACCUGUCCCAGCAGAGGUGCCCAGCCAGCGGCCACUCCCCGUCACCCAGGGUGGAGGAGUCCUGCCCUGAGGACAGGGCCCGGCCCUGGGCACUUUGUCCGGCCCACACCGUGGGCCAAAUUGCCUCCCCCUCCGGGGGAGACUGGCUGGGACCUCUCCACACCUGCCCUCAGACCACCCACUGUUGGAACAGGGACCAGGACUUGUAGUGGGACCUGAGUUGGGAGCUGUGCCCCCAGGAGCCACAGCCAGGAAGGCCAAGCCCCUGUUGGGUGCAUGUUUGCCAAACAGGGAGAAAAGGGCCCCCAAGGCUGAGCUCAGCCAAGGCAGAAAUGGCCAGUGCCAGGACCCAGCUGCCUUGGCCCUGAGGCACUGUCUAGUCUCCUACACCCACUGCAGGGAAGAUGGGCUCUGCUUCCUGGCGGAGGGUCCCUUGACUUAGGAGGGGGCUGGAGUAGGGCAGAGGAAGUUGGAUGGAUGGCCAAGGGCAGUCAGAGCCUGAAAGAGCUGGGCGGCUGCAGGCCUGAAAGGGGCAGGGCCUCCCCCAGCCUCUCCCCGUCCCCUUGAAGCAGAAUUUGCCCCGUGGGUCCCGCAGGAGUGCCCUACACAGGAAGUAGGCCUGGUCUGGGGACAGGGCUGGGAUCAUUCUUUCUUGUUAAUGACACAAGGAGCCCCCCACCAUUUUUCAGCCCACAUCUGUGGUAAAGUCCAAGGAGCGACGCAGGACUUGCUCCGUUUUCUGUUCUCUUCCAGUCAUGUAAAUAAUGUGCUGCUUUCUCUCCCUUUUUUUAAUGACUGUGGUUCCUCAGCUAACGGCACGCACUCUCUCUCUGGAGGCGAGACUGCCGUACGUCUUGCGCUUCCGUAUUUAUGGAAUGACAAAAUAAAACCCAAGCCCGAAGGGUC